CGACCGCCUUACAAUAUCGUUAUCUUCUAUUGUUCUCUUGCGGUUGCCGCCAUCACCGCCAUCCUUUCCACCAAUGAUAUUUAUUGCGCUUUGUUUAUUUCUUUUCCUCUUUCGUACCUCUUUCUUUUUAUCUCAAUUUGCUCCCAAUUUCAUCAGGAAGCCUUCCAUGUCUGUAACCCCCUUCCAGUCGUUUCUUUUUCUUUCUUGCAAAAUAUUCCACCGACUAUUUCCUUUUCUUUCUUCCAAACGAGAAAGAUGAUGAAGAGAGCAGAUGUGUCGCUGCUGCUGGUGGUCAGUGACGGCGUCACCAGAGUGCAGGAAUGGCGACAAAUUCCAACACCGAUUGAACCAUCUAUUUUCCCGAUUUCGGCAUCCGACUUCUUCCGUAGAUAUAGAUUUCGCUUAAUCCAUGGAUGCUCUAAUUGAGUAAUUCUCCAACUCGCAAAUGGAGUUUAGUCAAACAUACCUCAAGUGCUUCCAUCAUUUUCUGUCCCUAAAGAGUUUAGUCAUUUCAAGUGCUUCCAGCAUUUUCUGUCCCUAAAGAGUUUAGUCAUUUCAAGGCCUUAAUCCCAACUGCUAUGCUCAUUACUGUUGUCGCUAUACUGGAAUCUGUGGGGAUUGAUAAAGCUUUCGCAGUAAGGAAUGGAUAUGAACCUGACUCUAAUCAAGAGCAUCAUUCUCCAAGAAAAUUAUUCAGUUAUACCCCUAACUAAUUAAGGUUGACAUUUGAAAGAAAGUUUGAUAAAGUACUUCAACUGCUCGAUGAAAUGCUUCAACCAGGGUCAACACGUGUGUUCGUAUUAUAGUCUUUAUGGGAUUUACAAAUACGGGCCGGGUUGUAAAUAUGAUCAGCCUGUGAUGGUAUAUUCGUAUAAUUACACCAUGGGGAAUGAUGACAUCAUCAGUUCUCCCAUAUGCAACAGGGCUGAUUUUCGUCAACUUGCAAAUCAAGGGAGUUGGGCUAAGAACACUCCUGGAAAAGGAGCCACUAUGAGACCACAGAAGUCUGGGAGUGGAAGAGUUGUUGAAGCUUCUCUUUCAUCAUCUCCUUCAUUGAAAGGGAAAAGAGAUGUGAUGGCUAAACAUUCAGAGGCCAUGGACUUCAGAGAUUUGUGCAAAAAUGAAUGUGUCAUGCUUCUUGGAUCCAAAGGCCUCCUAUAUUUUGGGACUGCAAAUCUCUAUCGUGGCAUCAGAGACGACUUUUAA